GCCGGGGACCGUUGGAGCGCAGCGCAGCGCAGCGGAGCGGCUGAGGCGGUUUCCGCAGAGGACGGGGACGGCGCGGCCGCCUGCUCCGCUGCCCCCGGGCCGCCGGCCGGGGAACGUUGCCUUUAAAAGUACAAAGAGGAAAUUGUGUAUAGAAAAGUGAAAGUUGUCCCUAGAAAGCUUCCUGUGUGAUCCAGGUAACUCACCACCUGGACGCGAGAGAGCAGCUUGAUGUUGUAUACCUUGACUUCCAAAAGGACUUUGAUUUAGUAUCCCAUGACGUCCUCUCGAUACAAUUGGAGGAUUGUGGGCUUCACUCCAAGACAGUCAGUUGCAGGAAGCAGGAUGUAGACCAAUGGCUUGAAGUUGCAGCAAAGCAGAUUUCAAUUAGAUAUCAGGAAAAACUCCUUCACCUGUUAGAAAAGUGGAACAGAUGCCAUGGGAAGAAUGAUUGAGGAGAGUGGGAAGAGAAGGAGGACAAUGGCGGAGAAGAGGCAGCUGUUCAUGGAAAUGAGGGCCCAAAAUUUUGAUGUCAUCAGACUUUCAACAUAUCGGACAGCCUGCAAGCUGAGAUUUGUGCAAAAGAGAUGCAAUCUUCAUCUAGUUGAUAUCUGGAAUAUGAUUGAAGCCUUCAGAGACAAUGGCCUUAACACAUUGGAUCACAACACAGAGAUCAAUGUGUCUCGACUGGAAACAAUCAUUUCAUCAAUCUAUUACCAGCUAAAUAAACGCCUUCCUUCUACUCACCAGAUCAGCGUGGAGCAAUCCAUCAGCCUUCUUCUUAACUUCAUGAUAGCAGCAUAUGACAGUGAGGGCCAUGGGAAGUUGACGGUAUUUUCAGUUAAAGCUAUGUUAGCAACCAUGUGUGGUGGGAAAAUACUGGACAAACUAAGAUAUGUUUUCUCCCAAAUAUCCGAUUCCAACGGAUUGAUGAUAUUUACGAAGUUUGAUCAGUUUUUGCGAGAAGUGUUAAAGCUCCCUACAGCAGUAUUUGAAGGGCCUUCUUUUGGAUACACGGAGCAUUCUGUGCGGACGUGUUUCCCCCAACAAAAAAAGAUAAUGCUAAACAUGUUUUUAGACACAUUGAUGGCUGAUCCACCUCCUCAGUGCCUUGUAUGGCUACCUCUCAUGCACAGACUUGCUCAUGUUGAAAAUGUCUUCCAUCCUGUGGAAUGUUCAUAUUGCCGGUGUGAGAGCAUGAUGGGUUUCCGGUACCGAUGCCAGCAGUGCCACAACUACCAGCUCUGUCAAAACUGUUUUUGGCGUGGCCAUGCAAAUGGCCCUCAUAGCAACCAGCAUCAGAUGAAGGAGCAUUCCUCUUGGAAAUCACCUGCAAAGAAGCUGAGCCAUGCAAUUAGUAAAUCUUUUGGUUGCGUACCAACUAGAGAGCCGCCGCAUCCUGUCUUUCCUGAACAGCCAGAGAAGCCACUUGAUCUUGCUCAUAUAGUAUUUAGAAAUUGAGGUAAUCAAACGUCCCACGUAAUCCUGUGACCACAGAUGAUUCUGGACCUGCCAGGAUCCCUCAGAGUAAGACUCCCUUUCGCUGAACCGUUGCAAGCCUUGCGUUAUUCAACCCAUCUUCCAUAAGUCACUGGUGGAGGACAGAGAGAGAGGAAGAAAGAAUGACUUGCAAAUAUAACGUUUGGGGUUAUGGCUCAAAAUGUGAAAAAAUAAUCAAAUUCCUGAUGUUUCAGUAAAACUCCUUUUUGCUUUUAACUGUUUCUCUGGUUUCUGCAGCCAGUCUGCAGAAUAUUAGGGUUCUGUGAAGAGCAUGUCUCCUCUGCAAUUUUCAAAUAAGCAGUGGGAAGAAAAUUAUCCAAAGGUAACGUGAACUAUUUGAAGGUAAAGUCUCUUGUAUGUGAGCAGUGCAGGGUGCUUCUAAAUAACACUAAGGAUAAGAGUUCUUUUUUUUAGGCUUCCCAAAAAAUAUAAAAUAACAUUUAUAUAUCUGUUAAGAUUCUGGCUGGAGUAGUCAUUGUCCAGCUAUAAGAGCAGCUCUGCAAGCCUUUAGAUUAAAGAAGAGAAGUCAUUUUCAGGCCCUUCAGCAGAGCCAUAGUUUACAUAUUAUCAAUGUCAUUUAUGUAGGAUCCAUGAUUCUAAAAGAUUAUUUGCCUCUGAAUUGCUAACUUGUGCUAUAUUUGUAGCUGCAGCAGGUGGAAGUAUUACAGAAGGAUUAAGAGAUGGCCUUUACAGUGAAUAAGGGGCAGAUCAGGUUGCUGGAAACAGAUUUAACUACAACCAUAACCCUUCUGAAGUGUCCCCUUUGCAUCUUAAACUAGGCAUUGUAUUGAGCAUCAGUCGCUUCCAGGGUCCAGGUGGCGGUCAGUACUGAAGCAAUGAAGCCUUCUGCAGCAUCGAUGUUCGCAGAAAAUGUUGUGCUGCUGAAGCUGCCAGCUUCUGAGUGAGAGCUAAAACUACCUUUAUUGUCAUUAAAGUUUUUAUAAUCCCCGCAUCUCUUCUGCUACUAUUAGAGGCAAGCGAAUCGGAGCAUUUUUUGCAGCUGGGACCAUGCACUUUUCUGGGAAGCCGUAAUUUCCCAGUUCAAACCUGCUUCUUGAACUUGCUCUGUUUUACUAUGGCUUGCACUAAGCUGAAGGCUAGCUCCGCAGUGCUGAGGAGAGGCUAGUUGGUUUGGGGUGGUGGUAGUAGUUGAAGGAGUCAUUUUGGCCUAAAUGAGCACUUGGACUGAGUCUGGGAGAAGUAAAGCCGGGGGCGAGAAGUGUGCGCAGACCGUAAGGCACGAGUGCGGUUACACAUCCAAGAUGACCAGUCACAAGUCCAAAUCUGAGCUCACCUUUAGACAGGUGAGUAGCACUUAUAUGGCUAAGUUAACUAUGUGAAUGGCAUUUUGGGCCACCUACAGAGAUGCUUUGAUCCUAAUUUUCCCACGAGGAAACACAGUUCCUCGGAGUUGCAGACCAGCGGAGGCGGAGGACCCUCCUGCCUUCUCGCCUGAGCACAUCACGGCGAGGGCACUUGUCCAGGCAGCGGGAGCGCCAGCUUCUGGCUCUCCUCACCCAGAAAGGCCUUGAUCCUGCAUUUCCCAGCAAAGUGUUAUGACCAUCA